GUUCCCAUCUAAAAGCAUUGAGUGAACGGCCCCUGCACAUCGCACCUAGAGAGGUUGCCCUUAAGUCAUUAAUUUAUCAAUUUAUUUAUAUAUAUUUGUGGUAUUUAAGUGAAAUAUAUAUUAAGUAAAAGUUUUCAAAAUGUCUGAUUCGGAAAGCAGCAAUUACUCAGAAAAUGAAAGUGGGGCAGCUGUUAGUGAGAGUGAACCUGAGGACAAUAGAUCAGCAAAGUCAGGUAGAGGUAGUGGAAGAUCCGUAUCUCGGAGUAGGAGCAGAUCGCAUUCAAAGUCGCGUAGUCGAUCACGGUCACGGUCACGGUCAGCUUCCGGUUCAGAGGGAGUCAAAGAUGACGAGGCUGAAGAAGCGCAUUCUGGUGAGGAAGACAAUCCCGAGCCGGAGGAAGAACCGGAAGGAGAAGAUUUAGAUGACAGUGAGCAUGAUGAGGAAGAGUAUGAAGAUGAAGAUGAUGACAGGCCACGAAAGAAGAAAAAGAAAGACAGAUUUUGUGGUUUCAUUGAUGACGAAGCUGAGGUCGAUGAUGAUGUUGAGGACGACGAGGAAUGGGAAGAUGGAGCUCAGGAAAUUGGGAUCGUUGGGAAUGAGGUGGACGAGCUUGGGCCCACGGCCCGUGAAAUUGAGGGACGGAGACGUGGUACCAAUUUGUGGGAGUCGCAGCGUGAAGAUGAAAUAGAAGAGUACUUGCGUAAAAAGUAUGCUGAUGAAUCAGUAGCUAUCAGACAUUUUGGAGAUGGUGGUGAAGAGAUGAGUGAUGAAAUUACUCAGCAGACACUUUUGCCAGGAGUCAAGGAUCCUAAUUUAUGGAUGGUCAAAUGUCGUAUUGGUGAAGAAAAGUCAACUGUACUGCUGUUGAUGCGUAAAUUUUUGACGUAUCAGUUCAGUCCUGAGCCACUGCAAAUAAAAUCUGUUGUUGCGCCCGAAGGUGUCAAGGGUUACAUUUACAUCGAAGCUUACAAACAGCCACACGUUAAGUCAGCUAUUGACAAUGUGGGUAAUCUCAGGCAUGGUAUUUGGAAGCAACAGAUGGUACCGAUAAAAGAAAUGACUGAUGUAUUGAGAGUCGUCAAAGAACAGACUGGUUUGAAAGCUAAACAAUGGGUGAGAUUGAAACGUGGUAUCAACAAAGAUGACAUAGCACAAGUGGACUACGUCGAUCUUGCCCAGAAUCAAGUCUACUUGAAAUUAUUGCCAAGGAUUGACUACACCAGACCACGUGGAGCUCUGAGAACAGCUCAAGGCGAAAUUGAAGCGAAACGCAAGAAGAAGAGGCGGCCGCCCGCGAAACCUUUUGACCCAGAAGCUAUAAGAGCUAUCGGGGGUGAAGUGACAAGCGAUGGUGACUUUUUAAUUUUCGAAGGCAACCGGUACAGUCGUAAAGGAUUUUUGUAUAAAAAUUACAACACAAAUGCAAUCAUUGUCGAGGGUGUGAAGCCAACUCUAUCAGAACUAGAACGUUUUGAAGAAGCACCUGAAGGUAUUGAUAUAGAAUUGAAUGGAACUCCAUCUACUGGCACUGGGCGGGAGGAUUCAUCAGUAAGUCAUUCAUUCAGCAACGGUGACAAUGUUGAAGUUUGUGAAGGUGAAUUGAUGAAUCUCCAAGGAAAAAUCGUGUCAAUUGACGGAAACAUGAUUAUGGUUUUACCUAAACAUGAAGAAUUGAAAGAGGCUCUAGAAUUCCAGGCUCAUGAAUUGAGAAAAUAUUUUACAAUGGGUGAUCAUGUAAAAGUCGUUGCUGGGCGCUAUGAAGGGGACACUGGUUUGAUUGUAAGGGUUGAACAAAAUCGUGUCGUUUUAUUUUCUGACUUGUCAAUGCACGAGCUCGAGGUUCUUCCACGUGACUUGCAGCUCUGCUCGGACAUGGCAACUGGAGUUGACAGUUUAGGUCAAUUCCAGUGGGGUGAUUUGGUGCAUCUAGAUGCUCAGACAGUGGGUGUUAUUGUACGAUUGGAGCGUGAAAAUUUUCAUGUUUUGUCUAUGCACGGUAAAGUUGUGGAAGCAAGACCACAAGGACUGACCAAGUGCCGGGAGAAUCGUAAUCCCGUGGCAUUGGAUUCUCAACAAAAUACAAUUCAAAAGAAAGAUAUUGUUAAAGUUGUUGACGGACCACACGCAGGACGUGAUGGUGAAAUAAAACAUUUGUAUCGUAGCUUUGCGUUUCUUCAUUCCCGUAUGUAUGUCGACAACGGUGGAAUAUUUGUCUGUAAAACACGUCACCUUCAAUUAGCGGGUGGUAAUAAAGCGAUAACAUCAAUGUCACCGAGCUCUGGUUUCAUGUCACCUCGUAUUGCUUCACCAAUGCAUCCCAGCGGUGGUGGAUUCGGCAGAGGUGGCGGACGUGGACGAGGACGUGGUGGUGGCGCUCGUCGCGAUCGUGAAAUAAUUGGUACGACGAUAAAAAUAACUGGGGGACCAUACAAAGGAAAUGUCGGAAUUGUUAAAGAUGCGACCGAGACAACAGCUCGUGUUGAGCUGCAUUCAACUUGCCAAACUAUAUCUGUUGAUAGAUCACAUAUUGCCAAUGUUGGAGUGCCAACUAAAGACGGUGGUUUCAGCUCUUACAGCAGAACACCAGCAUACGCUGCUGGUGGCCAAACUCCUAUGUACGCUCGCGACGGUGCCAAGACUCCAAUGCACGGUUCCCAGACUCCGAUGUACGAAAAUGGAUCACGUACUCCGCACUAUGGUUCUAUGACUCCAUCGCACGAUGGGUCCAGAACACCUGGACAAUCUGGAGCAUGGGAUCCAACUGUUACAAACACACCGGCACGAAACAAUGACUUUGAUAGCUACAGUAUGGAAGAAGGUGGAUCUCCGGGUUAUGCACCUGGGUAUCCGUCUACUGGAGGUCCGUUCACUCCUCAAACCCCAGGAACUAUGUACGGAUCAGAGCAAAGCUACAGUCCGUAUCAACCGAGUCCCAGUCCAGCUGCCAGUGCUACUGCUAGCCCUAGCCCUGCUGGAUAUGUUGCGACUCCAUCACCUUCUGGUACUGGAUACACUACCAGUCCACAUGGAGCUUUUGCUACUCCUUCGCCGAUGGGCUACAGCCCUAUGACUCCUGGUGUCGCUGGUAGUCCAUACAAUCCACAGACACCUGGAGCGAGUCUAGAUACUGGUGUUGGAUCAGCUAUGCUCGGUAACACCGAGUGGCAUACGGUUGACAUUGAAGUUCGUAUUAAAGACAGUCAUGGUGAUCCUGCUUUGGCUGGACAACAAGGAAUCAUCAGAGGAAUAUCCGGAGGAAUGUGUUCAGUAUUUCUACCAGCAGAAGACCGUGUUGUUAAUUUGAUUUGUGAUCAACUGGAACCAGUGCUACCGAUUCACGGUGACCGGGUUAAAGUUAUCCUCGGCGAGGAUCGUGAGGCCGUUGGCAAUUUAUUGUCAAUUGACAAUCAAGAGGGCGUUGUCAAACUCACCACCGGGGAACUAAAAAUGUUGCAUCUGAGAUUUUUAUGCAAAAUGAAGGCGUAAAUGUUAUCAGCUUUAACGCGACGACUCGUUGCCUAUAAUUAAUAUUAUUUUUUUUUUUUUCGUAACUAUAAUUAUAAAAAAUAUGUAAUGUCAUUUAAAAAAAAUAUAUAAA